GGCGGGCCUGCGGCGCCGGACGCGCGCGGUCAGGCGUUCUCCGCGGGCAGCCGGCGGCGGGGCCUCGCCUCGGAGCGCGGGGUCCUCGGCGGCCUGCGCGGCCGCGGCGCCUGCUGCUGUCGUAGGCGAGGACGGCUGUUGGCGCCGCCGCUGCUGGUCAGUCGCGGCGGGGAAGGAGGAGGAGAGGGAGCGCGAGGCGGCGCGGGAAGAAGCGGGCAGGCGCGGCGGCGGCGGCGGCCCGGCCGGCGGGGGCGAGCGCCCGGAAGAUGGCGGACGUGCUCAGCGUCCUGCGGCAGUACAACAUCCAGAAGAAGGAGAUCGUGGUGAAGGGGGACGAGGUGAUCUUCGGGGAGUUCUCCUGGCCCAAGAACGUGAAGACCAACUACGUGGUCUGGGGGACUGGAAAAGAAGGCCAACCCAGAGAGUACUACACGUUGGAUUCCAUUUUAUUUCUACUUAAUAAUGUUCACCUUUCUCAUCCAGUUUAUGUCCGACGUGCAGCUACUGAAAAUAUUCCUGUGGUGAGAAGACCUGACCGAAAAGAUCUACUUGGAUAUCUCAAUGGCGAAGCGUCAACAUCGGCAAGUAUAGACAGAAGCGCUCCCUUAGAAAUAGGUCUUCAGCGAUCUACUCAAGUCAAACGGGCUGCGGAUGAAGUUUUAGCUGAAGCAAAGAAACCACGAAUUGAGGAUGAAGAGUGUGUGCGCCUUGAUAAAGAGAGAUUGGCUGCUCGUUUGGAGGGACACAAAGAAGGGAUUGUACAGACCGAACAAAUCAGGUCUUUGUCUGAAGCUAUGUCAGUGGAAAAAAUUGCUGCAAUCAAAGCCAAAAUUAUGGCUAAGAAAAGAUCUACUAUCAAGACUGAUCUAGAUGAUGACAUAACUGCCCUUAAACAGAGGAGUUUUGUGGAUGCUGAGGUAGAUGUGACCCGAGAUAUUGUCAGCAGAGAGAGAGUAUGGAGGACACGAACAACUAUCUUACAAAGCACAGGAAAGAAUUUUUCCAAGAACAUUUUUGCGAUUCUUCAAUCUGUGAAAGCCAGAGAAGAAGGGCGUGCGCCUGAGCAGCGGCCAGCCCCAAGUGCAGCGCCUGUGGAUCCCACUUUGCGUACCAAACAGCCUAUCCCAGCUGCCUAUAACAGAUAUGAUCAGGAAAGAUUCAAAGGAAAAGAAGAAACGGAAGGCUUCAAAAUUGACACUAUGGGAACCUACCAUGGUAUGACACUGAAAUCUGUAACGGAGGGUGCAUCUGCCCGGAAGACUCAGACUCCUGCAGCGCAGCCCGUACCAAGACCAGUUUCUCAAGCAAGACCACCCCCAAAUCAGAAGAAAGGAUCUCGAACACCCAUUAUUAUAAUUCCUGCAGCUACCACCUCUUUAAUAACCAUGCUUAAUGCAAAAGACCUUCUACAGGACCUGAAGUUUGUCCCAUCAGAUGAAAAGAAGAAACAAGGUUGUCAACGAGAAAAUGAAACUCUAAUACAAAGAAGAAAAGACCAGAUCCAACCAGGGGGCACUGCAAUUAGUGUCACAGUACCUUAUAGGGUAGUAGACCAGCCCCUUAAACUUAUGCCUCAAGACUGGGACCGUGUUGUAGCUGUUUUUGUGCAAGGUCCUGCAUGGCAGUUCAAAGGUUGGCCGUGGCUUUUGCCUGAUGGAUCACCAGUUGAUAUAUUUGCUAAAAUUAAAGCCUUCCAUCUGAAGUAUGAUGAAGUUCGUCUGGAUCCGAAUGUUCAGAAAUGGGAUGUAACAGUAUUAGAACUUAGCUAUCACAAACGUCAUUUGGAUAGACCAGUGUUCUUACGAUUUUGGGAAACAUUGGACAGGUACAUGGUAAAGCAUAAAUCCCACUUGAGAUUCUGAAUUAUUUGGCUCCUCUGUUUCUGGAAAUUGAGACUCAAGCUUUAUGAAUUUAUCAAGAACUUAAAGAUGAAGAAGGUCACAGAUUGAUCUUUUCUAAAACCUUAUUUGAUGCUUUGUGCUUCAAGGAGAUGAUGCCUGUCAUCCAUCUAAGCAAACUUUUUGGCUUACAACUAUUUUUUUAAUAUUAGCCUUCUAGUCUGUAAUGGAAAUUGUAUAUUUUGAUAGAAGUUUUUUCUCCAUUGGUUAAAUUAGCAUUACUUAAAAUUUGUUUCUUUAGAAAAUAAAUGCCGGUUAUAAAUGUGUGUAUAUUUAGAGAUUAUAAGGCUCUCUGAGCCAUCUUGCUUCUGAUUUUUCAUUGCUCUAUAAUUCUUUUUACUGAAAAUACUGUGCUAUGAAUGGUAUUAAAUUUUAGUCUCUGGAACAUCCAAAUCCAAGCAAAGGGAUGUGACCAUUUUGAAUGAAUCAAAAUGUCAACCUGUAUGUACACUAUAUCUACACUUACUCUUUAUUUAAAAAGAAUAAUGAAAAAUCAAGAACAACUCUUCAAUUUGAUUGAACUAUUCAUGAACUAUUCAGCCUUUUCAAGAUUUCUUUAUUUACAAAUGGUUACAUUUAAUGAAUGUACAUUCUUCUCACUGACUUUGGUGAUUUUUGAAACUUAGAAUGAUGUGUUUCUAUCUGUGAUAUCUUUCCAUUUGAAAAAAAUUUCAAAACACAGAUUAAAACCAUAAUAGGCUGUAGUAUUUUUUAUUUUGGGAGCUGCAGUAUGAUUUGGGGAAGGAAUAUGUAUCAGCCCUAUUGCGAUGUGACUUUAAGCUCCUUUUCUCUUUAGUCCAUCUUGGAUUCUAAUUUUUAUGGUAUAGGAUUUUGAGUCUUCUGUUUUAGGUUUAGGCUUGUCAGUCUUGGAGUUCUUAUCUUCCAUUAUCCCUAAAUAUUGAUAAACUCCCAGACACCAAAGAACACAUUUGCUUAAUUGAAAAGAAACGAGAAAAACACUGGUAUUUUUAUGUGUGUAUUAAAUAUGGUAUAAAAUAUAAAACCUAUAUUUUAACUUAGUAAAAUAUUUUACUAUUUCUCUACUUUAGACAAAAUGUUGCAUCCAAGGUACAAGUGACCAUUUUCCUUGAAUCCUGAUUUCACUCUUUUUACUUAAAAGCAACUAGAAAGCUUUACUUUCCCAAAUUGUUUUUGCCAUCAGUAUUUUUGCUGAUCACAGUCUUAGGUCAUUUUUUUCUUCAUUUUUAUUCCCAGCAGUUCUUUCCUCGGUUAACAUUUUGUUGGUAAACAUUUAGCCCUUUCAUAGGUGUUAAGCUGACAUUAUCAAGCUUCUUUAUGAAAUUUAACACUGUCACAAAAAUGAGAAGAAAUUAUUUAUUUUUUAAGUAAUCACAAAGUCCAUACCACUAGUAACUAGAAAAGCUAUUUAUUCACAUGGUACCUACAAGGCUGUUCAGAAGAGAACAGUUGGCAUUUUAAAUUACUAGAUUUUAGCAUGCUUAGAAGAUUUGAAUAGAUUCUACCCCUAUUUUCCUCCCUUAAAAGUGUCUUCUUUCCUUAAAGAUAAAAGAAAACUCAAAUUUGUUCACAUUAGGCUUUCUUAGCAUAUAGAUCUGUUUCCGGAAUAAAUUACGUGUUGUGUAAACUUUCUUCACGAUGAAAUAGUCAGGGACCAGAAUCUGUGAUGUUUGUAUGUAAGAUUACUUGUCGAGACUACUACAAGUCGAUACGAACUACCUUCCCAUAAAGAUUUUUGGUAUUUGUACUUAUUAAUGAACUUUAUUUGAUACAGACUAUGGUUAAAAUUAGGAACAUCUGCUUUGAAUCAGGUUUAUUUUUCUAUUUUGAAUUUGCCUUAUGUGUAUUCAAAGGCUUAUGGCAAAACUGUAAAGGAACAUCAGGAAAAGGACAAAUAUGCGAUGAUCAUCUGUCUUAAAAUCAGAUCCUUAGUAUAAGCACUGCUUUUUUUCUCUUUGACAAUUUAGUUUCUUAUUUAGGUCCUUGGAAUUAAUUUCAUUCCAUUAUUUUUUAGCCAUUUAUUCUAAAACACAAAAUUUUUCAGCAAUCCCUAUUCAUUCUCCCAUGACAUGGUCCUAUAGCAGUACUUAACACAGUGCCUUGCACAUAGUAGGCAUUCGGCAAAUAUUUAUAUGCAUGAAUGAUGUAUUUUCAGUGUAACAAAUUUAUUACAAAAAUGUAGUUUGACUCUACUUGGUUUUGGAGUUUGAGGAUACAGAAUUACAGGGAAUGAGGAGAGGUAUAAGUAGAUACUUUAAUGGGAAUGAAGUAUAAAUUAAUAACUUACCCAUAAGUUACUUCUAACUGGAGAUACCCAUGUAUGCCCAAUCUGUAAAGGAAAUUUCUAUUUCUACAUUGAUAGGACAUUCUUCUCAGUCAGGGAACGUAAGAAAUAUGUAGGUUUCAGUCACUUGCUCUCAACCUUGACUGCAUGUUAGAAUCAUUUGGAGGGUUUUUAAAAAACCCCAUGCCUGAAUCUUCAUUCCCAUUUUUAUGUAAUUUCAGACGAGACCUGGUCAUCAGUAUUUUUUUUUAGACGUUCUCCAGGUAAUUUGAGUGUGCAGGAAGAAUUCAGAAUCACUGGUUUAAUUUGUUAUUGGAAACAAUACCAGUAUUAAAUUGUUCUCCUCUUCCUUCGUUUCUGCAUGUGUGUGUGGUUUUUGUUUUGUUCUUGUUUCGUGGCCACCCUUUGCACUAGACCAUCCCUGUUAUUGGUGGUAUUGGCCUGUAUUCCCAUUGGCAGAUGCAAUUUUUAAUUAUUUAUUAAUAUAGAAGGAGUAUUUUACUGUUUAAUAUUUAAAUAAUGUUUAAUGUAUUUCAUUCUUAACUAGUAUUAUAGCUUGUUUUUUUCUCCACGUGUCCAUAACCUUUACUAACUUUUUGUUUUUAGCAGCACAGCAGUAAUCCAUAUAGAAACAACUAAUUCAUAAUGAGGAAAAUCUCCUAAUUUUUAAGGCAGAAAGAAAUGUUAAUUUUUGAUCUGCCAUGCAGAAUGAGACAAAAACAGUUUGCUUAUGAAAGGAAAGUGGCAUACUUCUAAAUUGUUCUACACAGAAAAGUAAAAGUAAACUAUUCAUUAUCUAAUAAAUACUGAAGGGAAUAUUUUUCCUAAAUAAAAAUUUUUGUGACUGCUAACAAAAA